CAAUAAACAACCCCCGAGACAAGAGAGACGCAGGAACCAGACUUCAGGCUGGAAUUCGACAGAAACCAAACCGAACUAUGAGCUCAGGGAGCCUCGCUCGGUCGGACUGAGUCCUCUUCACGGAGCGGGGAGCCUCGCUGGCCCUGACACAGCGGAUUUGGUAGUUUUUUUUAGCUCUGGGGUAGAAGUGGACUUACUGUUUGUCCCCUUCCUUAGCUCUCUGUAGCUAGCGCAGGCUCAUUCCUUGUUCCUGAACACUUAGUUUCAGUUUGUUAUGCAGUUUCCAGAGGACUGUAUCCGCACUCGUUCUCCGCCACCUCUCUGCUCCCUCUCCCCUCUAUCUCUGGCCCUAUGUCUCGCUGGCUUUUCCCCUGGUCGGGCUCAAUCAAGAAGCGGGCCUGUCGGUACCUUCUGCAGCACUACCUCGGUCACUUUCUGCAGGAGCGGCUGAGCCUGGACCAGCUCAGCUUGGACCUGUACAACGGCAGCGGUGACAUCAAAAAUAUCAACCUCGAUGUUUGGGCAGUCAAUGAGCUCCUGGAGUCUCUUGGGGCUCCUCUGGAGAUCGUGGAUGGCUUUGUGGGAAGCAUACAGGUGACCAUUCCCUGGCAGGCUCUCCUGACUGAUCAUUGCACCCUGGAGGUUUCUGGUCUUCAAAUAACAUGUCGACCCAAAUACAGAACCAGUGGGAAUUGGGAGUCCCAGGGAUGGUCGUCCAGCAUGACCUCCAGCAUACAGCUGGCUAAGGAGUGCCUGAAGGACCCACCAGAGGCGUCCGAGGAGCCACCUGCACCACUGGAGGGCCUUGAGAUGUUUGCACAGACUAUUGAGACAGUCCUCCGUCGCAUCAAAGUCACAUUUACAGACACCAUCGUCCGCAUUGAGCACCAGCCCCCGGACCUGCAAACAGGUGUUGCCUUAGAGGUGCACAUCAAAAGCCUGGAGUAUUUUGAUGAAGCUGUGAAAGAUCCAUCUACCCAGACUGCCGUGCCUGUCGACAUCCACCAGCCGCCCGCCUUUCUGCACAAGAUCCUCCAGCUCAGCGAUGUUAAGCUGUUGUAUGACAUCAUCGGAGUUGUUCAGGGUCCUCUCGGGGAGGUGCAUCUCAAUGCCACCACAGCUAGUGAAGGAGAAGAAGAUGAGGAGCAUGAGGAAGAGGACAAAGCCAAACCAUUGAAAACCACUCUCUGCCCCCCCUCUCAGCCGCUGCUUAUAGGACGCUGCUCUGGUUUCAUUGAAACCACGGUGAAGAUCAAGCAGAGCGACUUGCUGCCUGGGCCAAAGUUGGAAUUGGACGGGAAGGUGGGAUGUGUCCACCUGCUGCUGUCCCCGGAUCAAAUAACCCACCUAUCAGACCUCCUGGCAGCCCUGUGCAUAGACAUAGAGCAAGAACAGACGUGUGGUGGAGCGAGCAGUCGGCCAUUAGACUCCGAGGACCUGCGAUUGAUUGAGGAGGACCUCAGUAAGCAGCUGGGAUCCAGUCCCAAAGACCCGGAAUGGGACAAUGAUCCUGACCUGGAUGCCUAUGUCACCAGUCUGGAGAACGGAGAAAUGUUUUACUCAAUGGGCCCUGCAGGGAUGAGCAGCAGUGUUGCAUCUACUCGCUCUGGCAGCGAGUUGUCAGACAGCGACAUGGAGUCCUCCACACACAGCCUGACCAGCCUGACACACCCAGCUGCUCUGUCAGCGCAGGGCCUGAUGAACUGCCCUAGAAGAUAUCCUGUAGCAGGAUGCUUAUCCAGUCUGCCACAUGCCACCAGGAUCAGAGGACGCUCGCACAGCGGCCAGGCAGAGCAGCUCAAACCCGAGGCCUUGCUGCGUCUGACCCUCGGUGGGCUCACCCUAACAAUGCUGCAGGAGGACCCACCUUCGGACGGACCCUCGUCUUUAGCUCAGGUGUCUCAGGAGUUCUUCCAAGGGCUGCUGUCCUUCAAGGACAAAAUGUUCACCAACAAAAACUUCCACCAUCUGAGAGACGGCUUUGCCGCAGCCUGUCCGCUCUCCCACCUCAGGCUGACAGGGACGGCCGUGCAGGUGACGUGUGAAACGCGCAGUGGGAGGCGCCGGUGUCGGGCUGUGACCUCUGACCUUUCCUUCAGCAGACUGGAACUGUUGGAGUGCCUCUGGCAAGAUGGAAAAUCUCAGUAUUGUGAGCUACUUCAGUUCCAGAAAGCUGGACUGUUUACAGCCGGAGCUGCAGCCAAACCAUGUGCUCAGCUACACUACAGCCUCACUGAAAAACACCUACGAAAAGGUAAACAGCGUGUUGUGCGGCGGGACAGCGUGGUACGAGUAGAGCUGGCAGAGCUGAGCGCUGAGCUGGACCUGGACAUCCUCAGCCGCCUGGGGAGCCUGAGCAGAGCGUUCAGCCACUGUCCAAGCCAGAACUCUGGACCAGGACCCAUGCAGACCCAGAGUAUCGAGCUCUGCUCCUCCUUCACCCUCAUGUCCCCAAACGCUGUGCUCAGACUUCGGUUCCCCAUCCCAGACCUGCGACCUCUCCCGCUGCGCCGGCCGCCGUCUCAGAGGGCAGUGAGGGAGGAGACCUUGGUGUUGGAACUGACGGAGCUGGAACUGAAGCACCAAGAGGCGCCGGAUCUCCAGAGCGAGCAGUCGGCACCAGGGCAGCCCUGUCUCACCCAGCUGCUGGAGGCCACUUUCACAGAUAUGCAUGGAUCGUAUGAGGGAUGGGAGGGAGGCUCUUUUCCCUGCAUCAGAGUGAUGAAAAACCUCGACUCUGUACCAAGGAUAUCGGUGCGUGUGCGCGGAGGUGAAGCUCAGGGCGCCGCAGCAGGUCUGAGUGGGAUGAACCUGGGCCUCAUGAAGGAUGUCUCAGCCAACUUUUUUGAAAGCCACUGUGAAUUUAGUGAGAAAUCCAGCUCUCCGUUUUCUUCAAACCGCACCAUGUUUGAGACGGAGGAGAUGGUGAUUCCUGCCGACCCGGAGGAAAUGCUCCAGUUUCAGGAACAGUGUGUCGCUCAGUGUCAGUGUGCGGUGGACAUCAGCCUUCCUCUGGCUUACAUCCUCCUGCCCAGCAAACAGGCUUUCCAGAGCAUCUACAACAGGAUCAAUAAUGACCUCUUGAUGUGGGAGCCGCCCCCUCCUCCUCCCCCCUCGACCCACAUCCCCGACCAGAGCCACCGUCUCUACGACGAGUUCCAGCUGUGCAAGUCCGCCUUCAGACUGGACUCUGACUCAGAGGAGGAUGAGCCUCCGUUUUACUUGGCCAGUGAACCAUCUGGAAGGAUGCAGCCGUCAGCUCCUCUUCCCAGCCACAACCUCAGCCUCCUCUCACUCACUGUGAUUAUCGGGAAAGGUCGCCUGCAAGCCAGAACUGACACGAAGUGUGAGGAGGAUCAAACUCAGGGAGAGAUUGUGCUUGACCUGGAAGGAGGGAAGGUUUUUAGUGUGGCGCAGCAUCAAAACGUUCCCAACCUCAACUUCCUGACUCUGGAGAGCAAACGAGUGGAGCUCUAUCAUCAAGCUGAGGUUAGAGAUGCCUCCGUCCCACAGAGGUUGGAGAUGCCCAGCUUCACUCCACCCAAACACUUGGACCCUACCAUCUACCCCACAGAGGUGGGAGUGAGCAGUGUGAGAGGAAAAGAAGGGGAGCUACAGAUGUUGUCCACGGCCAUCAAAAUCACGCUGGACCUGCAGAGGAACGUCAAGGAGUUCCUGGUUGCUUUUCAGCUGCAAGGUGCAACCAUGAGACAUUACAUGACGCAGACCAACCAGAGCUGGCAUGAGCAGCUGAUUGACUUCCUGGACGUUAUUGACGACCCAAUUCUUGGAUACACGGCACCCGCCGUCAUCACGGUCCUCCACACACACCUGGCCACCUGUGCUGUAGACUACCGGCCUCUGUAUCUGCCCCUGAGAGUCCUGUUCACGGCUGAAUCCUUCUCCCUGUCCAGUAACAUCAUUGUCGACACCGCCACUUUUCACCUCAGAUUCAUCUUAGAUAACUCUGCUCUCUACCUCUCUGACAAAUGUGAGACUGACAUAGUGGACCUGAGGAAAGAUUAUGUUUGUGUCCUGGACAUCGACCUCCUGGAGCUGGCCAUCACCACAUGGAAAGGCAGCGACAGCGGGAAGCUCUCCCAGCCUCUGUUUGAGCUGCGCUGCUCCAACAACGUGGUGCACCUCUACACCUGUGCCGAUUCCUGCGCCGCCUUUGUCAACCUACUGCAGUAUCUGGUCACCCAGGGAGACCUGCACCCCCCGCCCCGCCACACCUCCCCUACUGAAAUAGCUGGUCAGAAAUUACCGUUGUCAGAAAGUCCUGCCUCUCUGCCACCCUGUCUCCCUGCUGAAACCGCAGAGAUCAACCAGUACGACCUGGCUGAUGCCUUAAUCGACACCGAGAGGAGCUGCAGAGACAACACCUUAGAACCAGAAUCUCCUACAGUGCCGAGGGGCUCCCCCGUGUCCGUCUACUUGUUUCCUGGUGAAGGGUCGAAGCAAAUCCCGUCUGUCCUGCAGAGGGACGACUCUGAGCUUGAUGGGCUGGUUGCCACAGCAAUGGAGGCACAGCCUGAUAUGAUCCUGGAUGAUGGCUCUGAUGGCUCCACCGAUAAUGAUGACUUCUGCAUCCUGGAGGCGCCUGGCAUGGGCAUACCUUCCAGAGACGGGGAGCCUGUGGUGACUGUGCUGUGUCAGGGGCCCAUCAGGGUGAAGGACAGCCACUUCUCCAGGCCAAGAGGAAGCUCCGACCUGCUUCGAGCUCCUAGUUGGUUCCCUGUGCCCCACACCAGGGUAGUGCUGAAGGAGAUCUCUGUGGUGUGGCAUCUCUACGGGGGGAAAGACUUCGGUGGCAAGCCCAUGUCUAUACAUGCUCAGAACUCAAACAGGGGUCGCUGUGUCCCUGCUGGUGUUCGCGGUUCUCCGUGUCGCUCUGUGGCCUCUUCUCGUCCUCAGAACUCCUGGCGUUGGGCAGGAGGCAGCGGCCGUCAGCACUCGCUGCUGAUGGAAAUCCAACUCACCAAGGUGUCCUUCCAGCAUGAGUCUUACCCAGUGGCAGCAGCAGGAACGGAUGGAGAGGCGUCACUGAGCGCUGGGGUCGGUCCCAGUGGGGAGCAACCUCUCUCCAGGCAGGUCUUCAUCGUCCAAGAGCUGGAGGUUCGAGAUCGACUGGCCUCUUCACAAAUCAACAAGUUCCUCUACCUCUACACCAGUGAGAGCAUGCCUCGCAGAGCCCACUCCAACAUGCUCACUGUGAAGGCCCUGCAGGUAUUACCAGAGUCGGGACUCGGUGGACCCGAAUGUUGCCUUCGAGUCAGCCUGCUGCCGCUGCGGCUCAACAUCGACCAGGAUGCUCUGUUUUUCCUGAAGGACUUUUUUAGUAAUCUAGCAUCUUAUGUUAACCCCUACAUGCCUGUGGACCCUGCUGCUGAAGUGAAGCUAGAUCCUUCACAGAAGGGGUGUGAGGAAGCUGGAGCAGAUGCUGUGCUCGGUCCAGACCUCACAGCUUCUGUGGGAACCACCUGCAGUGAGCAGAGCUCCUCCUCUGCUGGCUCCUCGUCAUCCUCCUCUGAGCAGCCUAUCUACUUCCGGGAAUUUCGUUUCACCUCUGAAGUGCCUAUCUGGCUCGACUAUCACGGUAAACAUGUGGUCAUCGAGCAGGGGACGUUUGCUGGGAUUCUGAUCGGUUUGGCUCAGCUGAACUGUUCAGAACUGAAGCUGAAGAGGCUCUGCUGCAGACAUGGUCUCCUCGGUGUUGAUAAGGUGAUCCAGUACGCCGUCACAGAAUGGCUGACUGACAUCAGGAAGAAUCAGCUGCCAGGCCUUCUGGGAGGGGUCGGCCCUAUGCACUCAGUUGUUCAGCUGUUCCAUGGAGUGAGGGAUCUCUUUUGGUUGCCCAUAGAGCAGUACAGGAAGGACGGACGCAUUAUUCGAGGUCUCCAGAGGGGGGCUGCGUCUUUUGGGACCUCUACAGCAUCAGCUGCUCUGGAGCUUAGCAACAGGCUGGUGCAGGCCAUCCAGGCUACAGCAGAGACGGUGUAUGACAUCUUGUCUCCAACUCCUCCCCUGACUCGUUAUGCCAUCACCGAGGGCCGGGCCCCCGCCAGCCGACCGCGCAGAGCUGCACAGCCGGCAGAUCUCAGAGAAGGAGUAGCCAAAGCUUACGACACCGUCAGAGAGGGAGUGAUCGACACGGCUCAGACCUUGUGUGACGUGGCGUCCCGCGGCCACGAGCAGAAAGGUCUCCCAGGCGCAGUGGGCGGCGUUCUGCGUCAGAUCCCACCCACAGUGGUCCGACCCCUAAUCGUGGCCUCAGAGGCCACCUCCAACCUUCUCGGUGGCAUGCGGAACCAGAUCAAACCGGACGCCCGUAAAGAGGACUUCCUCAAGUGGCGCACAGAUGAGGCACAGGAAUAAGGACGGUGUGUCUGUGAAUGAAUGUGUGGUUGGUGAAGCUGUGGGAUGAUGGUUGUGGGACAUGCAUGGUUGUAUGCAUGAGUAGAAUGUUGUACUACAAUGCAAAAACAAGGCAAAGACUAACUGCUACUGCAGCCACUGACACAAAGAGUUUUACAUACAUGUAACCAACCCCAACGCUUCUGCUGCUCAUCAUAUCUACCCCCCCUACCCCUCCUCAGUCUGAAGACCAUCAUCACGUCUGUGUGAAAACAUAUCUCUGUUUUUAUCAUGGCUGGCUUUGAUUUCGCCCCGAGCAGGAGCAGGAAGGAUUAGAAUAGGACGCAGAGGGAGGAUACUUCAUGUCCUGCUGAAUUAGCUGCUUAGAACCUGGUUUAAAUCCAAAACUGUCAGCAGGAGUUCGCACUUUUUCCCCCCUACAGACACCAAGAAAUAGCUUCACUACAGCAGAGUUUGCAGCAGGAGAUUGAUGAUCCUUAAGCACAAUAAGAAGGAGAAUCAUAUUUUUUUUUCAUUUUCCUGUUGGUUUUCAUCUGGAGUUAUUGGUUUAGUUUUGAGCCCGCUAUGCACCUGCUCCCCUCAGCGCUGUUGAUUUGUGCCAUAAACCUUCCAGAGUGCCCUUUGAACUCGUCUUGCCUUCCUCAGACUUGUACCCUCCAUACGUGACUGAAUAGAAACCCCUGAGGUCUCUAAAUCCUGUAGCAUACUGGACUUCAUGAAGUUAGUUGUUUUUAUAGACUGACGUCAUUUGUUGGCUCUCCUUCCUGCUUCUGUUUUCCAUAAAGCAGUUCUGGUGUCUGAAUGACCCCAAACUGACUCUGUCUACAUUUUAGAUGCCUUCCUAUUUGUUAUUUUUUUUAAAUGCUUCACUCUGUGUUUUGUGUUCAUGUUGAAGCAUAGGUAUUGUAUUGUUUUACUCUUUUCAUAAUAAGUGUUGGGAUGAUUUGAAUUUAGCGACAAUGGAAGAAAGGAAGUUUUACAUUUUUAUCUUUGUUUCUUUUUUGUGAGCGAGGGAUUAUUUGUGUGCAUGUGUGUGUGAAUGAGUCGAGGACGAACGUCUGUAAAGGUGACAGGUUUAUGUUUGUUACACUACCUGUGUGUAAUUGCUAUUUACUAUCAAAGUGUAUGAAUGACCUGUAUAUCACAAAAAGUAUACAAAUUAAUACAAAAAUAAAAAAACCUAAACCGACCAUAUGAGAAAUAG